CCAGAAAAAUGAAGCAACCAAAACAUUGAUCCGCGUUCUCUCAAUUUUCCAUUCCCAAAACAUCUGACCAGCCCAGUGUAGCUCGCUGAUCGAGCUUUUCUCUUCCAGCACAAAUCCAUAUUCAUAAAAAAUACAAAUGGAACAGAAAAUAUGCCCUGGAUGCGAGGAACCUGAGGUAGAAAAGCGGCCAGCAUGCCCUUUGCAAUGCGGGUCUGAUAAGUGUAAGGCCUAUCAGAACAAGUCAAAAUUCGACCCAGCAACGAAGCCAAUAGUGUGGAUUCUGGGUGGUCCAGGCUGUGGUAAGUUCACCCAAUGCAAGAAGAUCAUGGCAAAGUAUGGCUUCACCCAUCUGUCUACCGGAGAUAUAAUACGCGCUGAGGUGGAAACCGGCUCUUCCAGAGCCAAGUGUCUUGCUUCCAUCAUGAAUCGAGGUGGGCUGGUCCCAAAUGACUUCGUUUUGACUGUGCUGAAGGAGGCAAUGGAAAAAAAAGCCCAGGAAGGAGUACGUGGCUUCCUCAUUGAUGGCUACCCUCGCGAGAAGUCGCAAGGCUGUGAGUUCGAGAAAGCUAUUGGGCGAGUUUCAUCAUCGUUGUCUCAGGCCAUACUAUUCUUCGACGCGUCAGUGGAAUCCCUGGUGUCCAGGGUCCUAAACCGAGCACAAACAUCAGAUCGUAGUGAUGAUAACAUGGACACUUUGAAACUCCGCAUCGCGACCUUCUUGAAGCACAACCAGGGCGUGAUUGAACCUUACGGGGACAGGGUCUAUAGGAUAAAUGCAGACCAAUCACCAGAUGAGAUCUUCGUGGAGGUAGAAAAAGUGUUAGACCCCAUAGUUGCCGAAGCUGAGGCAGCUGAAGCCGCAUUACAAGAGGCCCGCGCUAACCAGAUGUCUGAAGCUAUGCUCGCAUUCAAAAAAUCUGAAACCAAGCUGGCUGGCUACCGAUCUUUGAGCCUCGAUCAACCGGUGAAACCCAACAAGCCGGCUUCUAGACGCGAAAGUCAUAACAAAAUGAAGACUGGUAGCAACCACAAACGCACUCCAAGCAGAUGAAAGUUAACGA